CCGCGCUUUGUUCACCACACACAUUUGUCCUUUCGUCACGUCAUACAGAGUCCCAUACAUGCAUGUGCAGGCACAAAAACCGUCAUGGUGCGAAUGUCUGUGAGUCUGUCUGUCUUUCUGUCUGUGUGUCGGUCCUAUGUGCUCUAUUGAUGGAUACCCGCCAACGACACACACACAAUUCAACCAGCGCCCACCCAGCCCCGACAAAAACCUCCCCUCAAUCGCCUUCAUCGACCCACCAACACGGGAAGCAUAGCAGCUAGGCAGACAUCCGACAGACAGAAAGACUUCCCCCGCCCCGCCCCGCUCCGCCCACCUGAUCUACGGAUGCAUCCCCAUCUCAUGGAUCUCUUCAUCUGUGUAUGUGGGCGUCACGGGUGUGCUGAAUGCGCCACACGGGUGGCCGGCAGCAGGGAACGGCCGAGGCGGCAAAGGCAACGGGGCGGGCCGGGGCAGCGCCCCGGAUGACCGCCCACCAGCACCAGCGGCUGGCAUCACUGGGGCGGCUGCAGCUGCCACUGGGCUGCCGUCUGCCGUGGCUGUGCGUGUCCGAAUGCGAGGCUUGGGGCCUCUUUGCACACUGCGCCCCGCUGACAGACUCGUUGCACUUGCCGCAGAAGGCUCCUCGCGUGUCGAUGACAUUGAUGUGGGCUGGUCCCCCUCUGUUGGGUGCUGAGACGCCAGGAGCAGCCGACUCAGCUGUGUCAGCUGCAGCAUCGACGGGCCCCCUCCAGCGAUGGCCUGCUGCUGCUGAUGGGCGUGAGAGUGGGAAUGAGAGUGGGGCGAGGCGGCAGUGGAUAAGCCUGCCCGGCUGCUGGUGCUGACCAUGUGAGGGGGCGAGGGGCAUGGCGACGACCCAGACGGCGAGGCAGAUGACGAGGGAGAGCCGUCCACCAUCUGCUGUGGGCGACCCACUCCCACCACACCCACACCUCCCGGCCCUCCCGAGACACCAACACCCAACCGUCUUGACCUGCGUCGGCCUGUGGGCGGCCGCACGCCGCCUGCCGUCGCCUCGUUGCCAACUCCUGCUGAUGCUGCUGAUGCCGCCUGCUCGGACGAGUAGGAUGCCGGCAGCGGUGCAAAGGUCACUGUUGCCGCCAUGGUAUUGCCGAGGUGUGUCUGUGUAGGGCGGCUCCUCUCUUGCUGCUGGAGUGCUGCCAUGGCCGUCUGAGUGUCUUCGGGGGAAUGAACAGGGCUGCCGCCUCCUUCGCGUGGGUUGCUGGGUGGAUUGCUGCUGAUGCUGCUGCCUCCAUGGCCGUGCAAGAAGGAGGGGCGUCUGCUGGACGGCCGGCCUGUCUGAGAUUGCCGCUGGUAAGAGAGAGACGGCGAGGGGCUGGCGGACGGCAGAGGCGGGGGGCCUCGGAUGCCUGCGGGCGACGAGGCGUCAUGCGGGAGGGACAUCGGCAUGACAGACUGGGGCGACCCCCUGUAGCCCAUUGGGGCGGUGGGCGUGCUGGCGUGUAUUGGCCGGCCGGAAGUCGUGUUGGUGGUGUUGGUGAUGCGGACGGGUGAGAUCUCGCCGACGCCCGUGACCUGCAGCCGCCUGAGCCGCGCGUUGACCUCGUCGAGGGAAACCUGUGCGCCCCGGGCGAAGGGCGAGAACCUGCUGGUGGCGCUGGAGUGGCUCCACUGGUCGCAGUCAUAGUCAUAGUCGACGUCGACAUUGUCCAGAUCGACGUCGUGGCUGACGCUACCUCUGAAGUACACACAGAGAGGAGACACAAACAAGGAUAGCAAGCGUGUGGAUGGACGAAGGGUCUGUCUGCUCACGUGCUAUAUGCAGUAGUGGAGGUGGCCGUCGACUCGACAGCGUCCAACUGAGCAACCACAGCCUGAAAUGAUCAGCACACAAAGUGCACAGACACCGGCCCGCGAGCUCAUUACUUCCUCUGUCUUUCUCACAUACAUGCAGCUGAUGCAGCACAUGCGCUUCAGCAGGGGGUCCCUGGGCCGCCGUAGCGGUCCCGCUGCCCACCACAGUGGGAUGAUGGGCAGUGGGCUGCCCUCCUGUCGAAGGCUGGCUGUCGGACGGUGUGUGUUGGUUGCUGGGUGGGAUGCGUGGGGAGGGGGCGACGGUGUUGCAGGGCGUCUGGGGAUGAAGACGGGGCCAGAAAGGGGCAGGCUCUUCUUCGCAACUGCCCUCUUCUGAUAAAACACACAGACAACAGAGGUGAGGCGAGGCGAGAUGUGAUGUGUGGGGAUUGCAAGCAAUGUUGCAAUGGUCGGCUCACUCACCUGGACGUCUCAGUCGGUUGUGCACUUCGUUUCGGAACAAAGCCGUUGCCAGUCCCCCCAUGUCCACCUCCCUCCCAUCCACACCACCACCACCACCACCGGCAUUCACUUCGCCUGUGCCUUCCCCAUGCGGCCCUUGGCCUUGGGGAUACAGCCUCGGAUACGGCCGGCCGCCCCGCCUCACCCCCCUGCGCAUCCGCCUCCCUCGCGCGCGCCAACACUGAGUCGCUGUCGCCGCAUCAGACACCGCACGUGGCCGGGCCCUCACCACAGGCGACUGGGCGUCCCCUUGCGGCUGCUGCUGCUGCUCGUCGGUCGGCUGCUGCUGCUGGUGAUGGUAUGUGUCUUGGGUGCCAGGCUGCCCUCCCCCCUCUGCUGGCGUGGCGGACUCCGACGGCUCAUCCGGCGUGUCGUUGUCAUUAUAGUUGUGUUCGGCAAGUGUGGGUGUAUCGGGCGGUGGAACGGGGACGGCGUGUGCGUGUGGUAGAGGCGCCCUGCCCUCCGCAGCCAUGACCAUCACGGGCCUCGACUCAGGCGACGUGAAGAGCGAGACAGAGCCGCGCCGGCCGCCAUAGGCCACUGACAGCAUUGGGUGGUCGGGGUAGGACGACGGCGUGUACGCGGGAGAGGGAAAGGGCGGCGAGGGGGAGGCAGGGCUGGCAGUGCUGUCCCGAACAGUGCCGAACGGUCUUGCAUCGUGCCCGUGCCCCCUCUCCCCCAGCGGCAGGUGCAGCUUCUGCCUCGUCGACGACCAUGGAGACGACGCGUUUGAGGGCACAGAGGAUCCAGGGGCUGGGGGGAGUGGGGGCCGGAGCGUGGGGCUGCCCGCUUCAUUGGGGUGGGGGUAGGCCGCUGGGCGCACCACAGUGGGGAAGUCUGGCGCAGAGGCGAGAGGCGGGAGGGACACAGAGGGGCUGAGCGGACAGGACGGUGUGCGCGUGUUGGAGGCCGGGCUGCGGCUGCUGCAUUGGUAGACGCCCUUCUUUGUGGCCUCUAGCUGAUCCUCGAACCGGAAGCCGCCAUUUCCAUCGCUCCUCUCCCUCUUGACGACUGCGGCUGUUCUGGCGGGUUUGGGCGACCCAGAGACAGAGCUAGUGGCGCUGGGGUGGAAGGGCGACGGCGCCUGGCCAGCGGAGAAGGGCGAGCCGCAGCCUCCCCCGCUGCUCACAUUCACGCUCACGUGCUGCAGGUAGUAGUGGGGGCGGGGCCGGGGGAACUGAUGCAGCUGGUGCUGAUUUGGGAAUGGCCGUGGGCUCGCGUGGUCGGCGUGUGCCGCCUCGGUGUCGCGAUGCCACAUGACGCCCGACGCUGCUGCUGCUGUCGCGAUGCUGGAAGAAGACACAUUGGCUGACGAAGACACAUUUGCCGGCGGCCGACUGACCCAUCCCCGAGCCGUGGGCGACGGCGAGCCAGAGAUUGAUGGCGCGGGUGUGGAUGGCGGGAGUGGAGAGCCGCCCGUCGCAUCGACCGGGGCGCACGGCAACUGAUGCAGGGGCAGGCUCACCUGCAGCUCGCGACGAUGGAAAGACGAAGAAGAAGAAGAGCCCGCCUCUUCGUUGCCGUCUUCACCCACACCGUCUCCAUCACACUCGCCAUCCAUGUCGCAUUCGUCCUCUUCCUGAAUGUUCUCAACGCCGUGGACAUAGCGGCUCCUCUGUGUGUGUGGGUGGGCCGGUUUGGUGAACAGCCGAGUGCGGCUCUCAGGCUGAGAGAAAGGGGGCGUGGGGGGGCUGCCGGCGAUCGGUGUGUUGGGAGGGGCUGUCCGCAGCGGCGAGCCCGACACGGAAGAUGCCGUUGCCGGUGUGAGCGUCUUGCUGUCCCUCUCCCUCUCCCUCUCUCUGUCCGCUUCUUCGAAUGAGAAAGAAGGCGUCCUCGUGAGGGCUGGAGUGCGGCACGAUUGAGCAUACGUCAGCCGAGAGGCCGACAAAGCCGCUUGUCGCUGCUGGGAUGACGACGGUUGGUGCUGCUGUUGGAGGUGGAAGGGGUGAACCGGCAAGCCGCUCGCAUUCCAACUCGGAUUGCCCGCCGGGGUGACGAAGGCGGGAGGGGUCUCCUGGCUCGAUGGCGACUGCACAGGCGAGUGUGCCUGUGACUGUGAGUGGGACAUGGCUGAGAAGAAGGCCGCUGACGACGCGGGAGAAGGCGCCAUCUGCUCGGGGGAGCUGCCCGUCGACCCAACAGAGGCCUCGAUCGCCGCGGCAACCUGGGCGUUCCGCGUCUGGAUGGCCUUGUCAACGGAGGACGACGGCAGUAUCUGUGGCUGCUCAGCCACCCCCUCCCUCUCCCUCUCCCUGACAACAUCGCCGCUCUGCACAGGAUGAGGUGUGCAUUGGACGUAGGAAGGGCUGAGGGAUCCCUGCUUGUAGGGGGUGUUCCACGGCGUGGGGGCGCCGUCCUGAGCCGAGCACUCAGAAUACCGAGUGGGGGAGCCGUCCUUGCCCUUGCCCCCAUCUGUAUCUCGUACUCCAUCUGCAGACGGCUGGGCUGCAGUGGGGGCCUUCCUGCUGCUGUUGUGGGUGGUGGUGAUGGUUGUGUGUGUGAGCGACUGCAGGAAGGGCAGGGACACAGACACGCCCGCUGCUGUGGAGAUGGCGCUGUUGGCCGUCGGUGCUGCUGCUGGUGCCGCUAGUGCUGCGCCUGACGCGUGAAUGGCGCCGUUGGCUGUGGCUAUGUUGAAGUCCACUCGCAGCUUGGAUGGACGCCGGGCGACAUAGGCGGCCGAUGAAGAAGGGCCGCCACCAACACCCGCAUCAUCACUGCACACACCGUAGCCCCACAUAGAUGCUGAGCUGAGUGCACAGCCGUGUUUUUGUAUUCACUCACCCGGUGAUGGUGGAUUCCUCUCUGCCAUUGUCGUCAGUGUCAGGAUGGUAGCCAUUGGUCAGCCCCCCUGUCGGAUGCGCCUCACUGGUCGACAUCACCGUCUCAGUCUCACAGGACGACUCUCCCUCUCCCUCCCCAUAGCCGCCGCCUCCGAUGAAGCCCGUCGACGCAACGUCGGUCUCCCCGUCAGUGUCAUCGCGCUUCGGCUUCUCCUGACCGGUGCCCUCCCCAUUGGUCAGCACGUAGGCGGGACGCGGCGCCUGGACGACAGUGCUGGUGGUGGUGGUGUGGUGGUGGCCCUUUGUUGCUAACGAGCUGUUGUUGAACUGCAGCUUGACUCCCUUGCCCUGCCGCCGGGCCCCAUUCACACCGACACCGACCUCACCGCCAUUUGGCGUGACGCUGCCACCAUUCUCAGGCAGCCGGGCGGAGUCCAUCUGCGCAGUGCUGGUGGGGGGCGGCGAGUGCAGCUGCAGGCUCCUGCGGAGGCCCCUGUCGUUGAGGACUCGCAGGGCCUUGAGCAAGGUGGCUGGCGUGGCCUCUUCGGGCGGCUGCAGGUCCACACUCGCACUCCCGUCAGAACCCCCAGACGCCAGAGGCUGCACAGUGAAUGUCACAGACAGACAAGCACAGCGAGACCCUCACUGCUGCCAACCGGCUGUGUUUCCGGAUGUGUGUGUACCUGCGACGAGGCUAUGUAGAGCUGUCCUCCUCCUUCGUUUUGCGCGUCGCUGGCGGUCCAUCGCUGUCGUCCGUCAGGUGUGGGCGGCUUGGGCGAGGAGUGUGCCAGCAGCUGCAGUGCCCUCGACAGCACCGCCGCAGUACCCGCCGCACCCUCACCCUCGCAGCCAGUCUGGUUGAGCGGUGUCGGUGUGGGAGUCCUUGCCGCCGGGAAGGGCACCAACGCCGCUGUCCCUCCCUCGUCGCUCAUCGGUGUCCUUCCUCUAUGCUCACACUGGGCGAGUGAGGAGGGUAGGCAGUCACUCUUCCUUAUGGGUUCCUCAGCUCUUUGCCGGGCGAGUGGUGACGCCCUAUGGAGACCACCCGCUCGCUCUUUGGCUCUU